CCUGAGAAUAUAGCCAUCGCACAUCAUACACAUAGCUAGUAAACAUUACCAGAAACAUCAUCACCAUCAUCAUUACUACUUUUAUUAUUUUAUUCUCACUACUCAAUAGAAAAGUUUAAAACUCCAGUUUUGUAAUUCAGAACUCUGUUCCCAUGAUGUCAUACCUGUGGAUUCUCCUGCUGGGCAGUUUGGUGAUUGGAGCCAAGACACAAGAAGACCCUGCUGCUGAGCCAGAAACAAACAAAGCAGAGGCAGAAGCAGCAGAGCCCGAGGCAGAAGCAGAGGAAGUAGCCGCAGAGGAGGCCCCAGCAGCUGAGGAGGCUACGACAGGAGAAGAGGAGGAGGCUGCAGAAGAGGAGGAGGCUGCAGAAGAGGAGGAGGCUGCAGAGGACGAGGCUGCAAGUUCUGAGGUUGCUCCGACUACAGACCAAGAGGCUGCAGCUGCAGAAGAGGAGGCUCCGACUACAGACCAAGAGGCUGCAGCUGCAGAAGAGGAGGCUCCGGCUACAAAGGAUGAGGCUGCAACUGCAGAAGGAGAGGCUUCGACAGAGGACACAGAAGUAGUAGAAGAACCAGCAGUGGAAGUAGAGGUGGCCCCUGAAGCUGAGCCAGAACCAGCGGAGGCGGCAGAACCAGAAGCAGAGGAACCUGCUGGAGAAGAGGAAGCUGCAGAGUCGGAAGCGGCGCCUGCACCAGAAGACGUAGGAGGUGAACUAGAUCUGUCUGAAGCUGUUGAACCAGAAGCUGAGCCUGAAGCACCAGAGGAGAGCGAGCCCACAAAGGAGACACCCAUGGGAGGGAAGAGCCGCCGAGGGGGCUCAGUUGGCACAGCGGAAGCUCAAGGGGCUAGCUCUGGCUCGGUUGUGAGCAUUCUGUGUGCUAUCGGCGUGGCGAUCGUUGGCGCUGCCACCGGAUACUUCGCCUAUCAGAAGAAGAAGCUCUGUUUCAAGAACAGUGGAGGGGAUGUAGUGAGUGGCCCUAAGGAGAAGGCUGAGACCCAGUCAGAUCCCCAGGUUCUCAGCAAUUUGCUGACUAAUUCAUCCUAGAUCAUCUGAGAUUCCACUGGAAAAAGACCAGGACCAGCGGCAGAGUUUCCCUCAACGCACACACACACACACACGCAUACACUCAAACACAGAUUUGUCUCAAUCUUUAGGCCUUGAACUGAUAUAGCUGUAAAACUGUGAGAUAGUUGUGUGGGGUUAUGAACCUUCAGUACCACGUUAGAGUGUGAGACAAAUCAGUAGUAUCUCUGUGUCUUCUAAUGAUCACAUUUGUAAUCUGUUUAAAGGGGUGACAUUUUCUGUCCACUAAACCGCACCGAAACAAUGUAGGCCUAUUUCUACUAAUACUAAUACUGGAUUGGACUGUACUGUAGCUCAGAACCUCAUUCUAUGUUGUCUAUGAGAAGGCAGCGCAAUAUAUAUGGAUCUACCGUAAACAAUGUGUAUAGGCACAGCUCAUGAUUAUUAGUUCCUAGGUUAUUUUGGAUAAAAUGGCUCCUCUAUUUGAAAUGGUACCUUUGUUUGUUGUUGGUUUCUUGAUUUAGCCUGGUCCCAUGUUGAUUGUGCUGUAGCCAACACUUUUAGCCUGGUCCCAUAAUGAAUGUAGCCAACUCUUCUAUCAUUGUCAAGCCAUACACAUUUGGGGUAACAAUUACGGAACUCCGAGAUGAGUUGGCUAAAGCAGCAACAGACUGGACCACCUGGCUAGUAGUGUUGUUCAGGAAGCUGUAUGAGAGCUGGGAAGUGGAAGCUGUAUGAGAGCUGGCAAAGAGGACAGAAGAUGUCGCCCCUGUUGUGUGUUUGCUUCAAAUCAGAGUUUAUUUGUUGCAUGCAAAGGGUCGCAGAUGUAAUUGCAGGGUACUGCUCUGUAGAUGGUUCACCUGGCAGGCCUGAUCACGAUUCUAUCUCACUACUAGUGCCAGUCUGAAAUGGCUCCCUGUACCCUCUAUAGUGGAAUUCUUUUGGAGCCCUGCUAUGAAAGGAAUAGGGUGCCAUUUUGGACAUAGCUCUAGACCAAG